GGAGACCCAUUUGAAUCAAUUCCAAAAUCGGAAGCAAUUCGAUCAAAUUCUGUCUCAGAUGAUCCUUACUGGCUUCAUGGGAGACACCUUUUCUGCAAUCAGACUUCUAAAUUGCUCGAUUUCCUCACCUUUCAUUCACCUCCACCACUCCCCCCGAAUUUUCUAUCAAUUCGAGAACCCAAAUGGUUUCGUCUACUAGGCACUAAUAAAAGCAUGUGUAAAGAGGAACUCUCCUCAAAAUGCCUUGAUUCUGUACAAUAGCAUGCUAAAUAUGAAUGUGGGUAUUGAUAAUAAUACUUUUCCGGUUCUGAUUCAAGCUAGUGCUGAACGUUUGUCUGUAUUUGAGGAGAAGCAGGUUCAUGAUCAUGUGUUGAAGAUGGGUUUUGACUUGGAUGUUUAUGUGGGAAAUACAUUAAUAAAUGUGUAUAGUGUUUGUGGUAGUGGGUUGGAUGCGUGCAAACUGUUUGAUGAAAGUCCAGCGUUGGAUAUUGGCAGGUUAUUUUCGGGUUGGGGACGUAGAGAAAGCGAAGUAUUUGUAUGCCAGGAUGCCGGAAAGGAGCAUUAUUGCUUCCAAUUUGAUGAUUGUGUCGUUUGCUAAGAGUGGGAAUGUUACUGAAACUCAAAUGUUGUUUUAUGAAAUGCCGAAGAAGGAUUUGGUGGAUUCCAUGUUUUUCUCUUGAUAUUUAUGCUUCAAAAGGUUAUUGGGAUAAUGCCCUGGAGAUCAGGGGGAUGAUGGUGCACCAUAAGGUGCUGAUGACCCCAUGUUCCAGCACAAUUUAAACAAAAGGAAUGGUUCAUU